UUCGAGGGGACGCGGCGGGACGCCGCCCCGCACGAAUCCCCAUGAUCUCAUCAAUGCCCUCGUUGAACUCCACCUCCAACCCCAAAAAACCCCACUAGAAUAAUCCUCCGACCCAAUCUCCUCCCCUCGGCCCGUGGGAAUCCUUGGCCUUCUUGCACGCGCCUCCCUCGGAUCAGUCCCCCCUCCGCCGCGAGACCAGGAUCGUGACGCGCGCGCCGGGGCACAUGGUGGCGGCGGCGGCGGCGGUGUUGCCAUGGGGUGGCGGCGGCUCGCCGGCGUGGAUCGAGGUGCCGGAGAAGAGCAAGAGCGCGUUCUGGGAGCUGAAGAGGAGGAAGGUGCACCGCUACGUGAUUUUCAAGAUCGACGACAGGCGGGAGGAGAUCGUCGUCGAGAAGACCGGCGCGCCGGGGGAGAGCUACGACGACUUCACGGCGUCGCUGCCCGCCGACGACUGCCGGUACGCCGUCUACGAUCUGGAUUUCGUCAGCGACGACAACUGCAGGAAGAGCAAGAUAUUCUUCAUCUCAUGGUCCCCUUCUGUUUCCCGCAUCCGAGCCAAGACCAUAUACGCCGUGUCGAGGAACCAAUUUCGGCACGAGCUUGACGGUGUGCACUUUGAGAUUCAGGCCACGGACCCUGAUGACAUGGAUUUGGAAGUUCUCAGGGGCCGUGCUAAUAGAACCUGAUAGAGAUUGACUUCGAUAGUUUGUUAAUUAGCCUUCUUUUGCAUAACUUUAAUAUGUAGCUCGCUGCUGAAAAUGCAUCUCGGGUGCAUGAUGUAUAAGCAAGCUGCUGAUCACACCCCAGCAUUGCAGUUUUACCUUCUUUUUUUACAGAGAUAACAUCUUUCUGAUAUCUGUCUAAUUAUAUAUGUUCCCUCUAAUAUGAUAUGGAAAUUGUGCCUUGUUAUAUCUAAAUUUGUAAUAUACUGUAUUUCUGCUGUUUGAUAUUGAUCACCUUCUGGUUUGGUUUCAGUGUUUUCA